UUUGUUGACACCGGAGAGUAUAUAAUCGCGCCGCGAUGUAGGAAAAUCACUAUCGUUCAUUGCAUCAGAUAACAACACACGAGUUUCAUAAACCUGCAUAUACUGCAGAUAUUCUAUAUUUGGAUUUAUUCCUGCUUUAAUUUCUAGCAGUUCUAGAUCGAAAUGCUUCUGAAACCAGAAAGCCCAAAAUUUAUGGAGAGAAUGACCUGGCUCAGUUCCUUACCAAUGGUGACCACCUUACUCAACGGUCGUCAUGUGAUCAUAGACUACAUGACAGAGCAACAGCUCACAGAGACCUACUGUAUGAUCCAGGAGGCGGCCCAACAUGGCGAUGGGUAUGGAAUCGACGAAUUUGACUCCGAAAAAGACUUCCGCCGAGAAAUCGAGGGCAGCGAUUGCUUUGCUGUCGUUUGCAAAGAAAGCGGCGAACUCUUGGCUGGUUUCAUCCUGGCCAUCAGCAAAUUCUACCGAGGUGCCAGCGGAGUGGUCGAUCCAUUCAUCAUUGUCAAACGCUCCGAAAGAAACCAGAAACUUGGCGAAUUCUGCAUGCGAAAAGCCAUCGAAUUCUCCGUGAAAAUCGGUUACAUGGGCAUGUACGUGGAUACCUUCUCCAACAACAUUGCCGUCCAAAGAAUCAUCGAAAAGAUCGGGAACUUCCAACAGGUCGGCUUUCUCCCACUGGGAGGAAAACUUCAGAAUGGACAAUUGGUCGGAUCCGUAAUAUACUACCGGGAUCUGUCCUCCAUAACCAAUGAUACGUGAACUGUCUGAAUUGCAUUUGGGUCUAAUACCCAAUUAGACCCAACCUGGAUGAAAAUAUUUUACAAAAGAGGAGAGACUCUCUUUAACCGAAUAAAUCGGGGCCGGCGCUUCAGCUCGGAGUCUUAACUUAGCACUCCAAGAGUCAGAAGGACACCGCCACCAAACCUUUCUCUGUGACGCGGAAUCGUUCGACAGACUUUAAGACUGAUCUUAUUUUCUUGUCAAAUUCCCCCCACUGUUGCAGACAUAAAAAAAAAUCAUGAAUUUGAUUUUCAUGAUACCACAAGCUGUUUUCAAUGACUUUGUGAUCUCGCAUCAUUGGUGCCAUAGCAAAUAUACAUGUAUUUUUGAUAUUAUUGUUUAUGUAUGCACCUUUCUUUGUGCAUUUCUAUAUUACAAAUAAUAAAAAAUAUGAAAACUUAUAA